AUGAGUGUGGAAGGAGAAAAGGUGAUACUAGUCCCAUACAUGAAAGAGCAUGUGCCUAAGUACCAUGCCUGGAUGCAAGACCCAGUCAUCCUCCAAGCCACUGCAUCCGAACCACUCACUCUUGAUCAGGAAUAUGAGAUGCAACUUUCCUGGGUUCAAGACCCCCUUAAGCAGACCUUUAUAGUGCUGGACAAGGAGUUAGUAAUUGGAGAUUUUGCCCAUGGAGAACCCCACACCGAAGCCAUGGUUGGUGAUGUGAACAUAUUUAUGAAUGACCUGGAUGAUCUUCACAUUGCAGAGGUGGAAAUAAUGAUUGCUGAACAGAAAAGUCGUGGCAAAGGACUUGCGAAAGAGUCAGUUCUUCUCAUGAUGGCAUUUGCAGUCACGAAUUUUGGUAUGCUUGUCUUUCGUGCAAAAAUCGGCGAAUCAAAUGAGGCUUCUCUUAACCUAUUCAAGAAAUUGGGUUUCAAGGUGAUUUCUUGCAGUGACAUUUUCAAAGAGAUUACACUGGAAUUACCAAUCACUGAAUCCAAGAAAGAGGAACUGCAUCAAUUAAUAAGAAACGCUGUAACUCAUUCAUGA